CGAACUGCCAUCAUCAUGUUUCAGGACGAAGCCGGCUUUACCAAGUUUAUCGAUGGCAACACGGUGUACGCGCGGGCGCGCCGCUUGUAUCGCGCGACCUCGGGCCGCACGACCAAGCGCUUUCUCGAGCCGGGAUACGACAUUGAAUGCUCCUACGAGGAGAUGCGCCGGACGCCGCCGCCGGUCGUUGCGCCGUACAUCAAAGCCACCGCCCACGAUCUCCUUGCGCGACUCGAGAAGAACCAAAUCUACUUCCCCAACGCCCGCGACCUCGACGAUCUGGAAGCUCUGGGUCUUCCCCGCGUGUCAUCGCUAGACCAGCUGCCACGUCAUCACAUUGAUCAGAUUUUGACCCGCGACGGCUCACGCUGCCCAAGCGCCCACAAGGUGGCCGUGCGCUUGAGCAAGGCGCUGCGGCGACUGGUCUACGAACGCGAGGCCAUGCGAAUUGUCGGCAUUCCUGGCUUGUUUCUGUACCAAGUGGCCCCGUUCCGAGGUCGCUUGGAGACCGCAGCCGCCGAUGCCGACACGACCGACUAUGCAGCCGAAGCGGCCAAGUCGGCCAAAGACCUCUUGCGGCGUAUCCACAAGUGCCAAAGCCACGGCGGUCCGUGCUUUAGCGCCAGUUGCCGGCGCCAGUGUCGGCGCGACCACGAACGCGCGUCCGGCAAUCGCAAGCGCAACCGCAACAUCAACUACUACAGUGAUUUUGAAGAUGACCAAGCCGGUGCCAUGGACGCAUAUUACGACCAGUGUGCGGAUGCCGUCGUGUACUAUUACACGAAAUGCUGGUGUCUCGGGCAGCCGAGCGACAGCGACUCGGACGACGACGACUACGAUCUUUGCACCGACGUCGAGCCACUACCGACGCCUCCCACGUCGUGCACAAUUACUUAA